GGCCCCCUCCGGCCGCACCGCCCCCGGCCCGGCCCUCCUCCCUCCUCCCGCUCUCCCUCCCUCCUCCCGCCUCCCCAGCUGUCCGGUUCGCGUCAUGCCGAGCCUCCCGGCCCCGCCGGCCCCGCUGCUGCUCCUCGGGCUGCUGCUGCUCAGCUCCGGGCCGGCCUCCGGAGCCGGCCCCGAGCCCCCCGCGUUGCCCAUCCGGUCCGAGAAGGAGCCGCUGCCAGUUCGCGGAGCGGCAGGCUGCUCCUUCGGCGGGAAGGUCUAUGCCUUGGACGAAACGUGGCACCCGGACCUGGGGGAGCCCUUCGGGGUGAUGCGCUGCGUGCUGUGCGCCUGCGAGGCGCCUCAGUGGGGUCGCCGCGCGAGGGGCCCAGGCAAGGUCAGUUGCAAGAACAUCAAACCCGAGUGCCCAACCCUGGCCUGCGGGCAGCCACGCCAGCUGCCGGGACAUUGCUGCCAGACCUGCCCGCAGGAGCGCAGCGGCCCGGAGCGGCAGCCGUCGGGCCUGGCCUUCGAGUAUCCUCGAGACCCGGAGCACCGCAGCUAUAGCGACCGCGGGGAGCCCGGCCCUGAGGACCGGGCACGCGGCGACGGCCACACGGACUUCGUGGCACUGCUGACCGGGCCGAGAUCGCAGGCGGUGGCACGGGCCCGAGUCUCACUGCUGCGCUCUAGCUUGCGUUUCUCCAUCUCCUACCGGCGGCUGGACCGCCCCAUGCGGGUCCGCUUCUCAGACUCCACUGGCAGCAUCCUGUUUGAACACCCUGCAGCCCCCACCCAGGAUGGCCUGGUCUGUGGGGUGUGGCGAGCAGUGCCUCGGUUGUCCCUGCGGCUCCUCAGGUCAGAGCAAUUGUAUGUGGCCCUCGUGACACCCACUCAGACUUCAGGGGAGAUCUGGGGACCUCUCAUCCGGCACCGGGCCCUAGCUGCAGCUCUCCCUCCCCCAGAGACCUUCAGUGCCAUCCUGACCUUGGAAGGCCCCCCACAGCCUGGUGUGGGUGGUAUCACCCUGCUCACUCUCAGUGAUACAGAGGACUCCCUGCAUUUUUUGUUGCUUUUCCGGGGGCUGCUGGACUCCAAUAGUGGGGGACCAGCCCAGGUUCCCUUGCGGCUCCAGAUUCUACACCAUGGGCAGCUACUGCGAGAGUUUCAGGCCAAUGCUUCAGCCCAGGAACCAGGCUUUGCUGAGGUGCUGCCCAACCUGACAGCUCAGGAGAUGGACUGGUUGGUGCUGGGGGAGUUGCAGAUGACCCUGGAGAGGGCGAGUGGGCCAGGGCUGCGCAUCAGUGGACACAUUGCUGCCAGGCCGAGCUGCGAUGUCCUGCAAAGUGUCCUUUGUGGGGCUGAUGCCCUAGUUCCGGUCCAGACAGGUGCUGCGGGCUCAGCUAGCCUCACACUGUUAGGAAAUGGCUCUCUGAUCUACCAGGUGCAAGUGGUAGGUACAGGCAGCGAGGUGGUGGCCAUGACGCUGGAGACCAAGCCUCAGAGGAAGAACCAGCGCACUGUCCUGUGCCAGAUGGCUGGAUUCCAGCUGGGAAGACACACGGCUGUGGGCAUCUGCCCUGGGCUGGGUGCCCGAGGGACUCAUAUGCUGCUGCAGAAUGAGCUGUUCCUGAACGUGGGCACCAAGGACUUCCCAGAUGGAGAGCUGCGGGGGCAUGUGGCUGCUGUACCCUACAGUGGGCUCAGUGCCCGCCAUGACACACUGCCUGUGCCCUUGGCAGGAGCCCUAGUGCUGCCCCCUGUGCGGAGCCAGGCGGCAGGGCAUGCCUGGCUCUCCCUGGACACCCACUGUCACCUGCAUUAUGAAGUGCUGCUGGCUGGGCUUGGUGGCUCAGAACAGGGCACUGUCACUGCCUACCUCCUCGGGCCUCCUGGGAUGCCAGGGCCCCGGCGGCUGCUGAAGGGCUUCUAUGGUCCGGAGGCCCAGGGUGUGGUGAAGGACCUGGAGCCUGAGUUGCUGAGGCACUUGGCUCAGGGCACUGCCUCCCUGCUGAUCUCCACAAAAGGCAGCCCCCGGGGGGAGUUGCGAGGGCAGGUGCACAUUGCUAACCACUGUGAGGUGGGUGGCCUGCGCCUGGUGGCGGCCGGGGCUGAACAGGUACGGGCAUCCUGGUCUCCGGACGUGGCAGUGGCACUGCCUGCACUGCCUGCUGUGCUGGGCCCUGAGGCCCCAGUGCCCGCCAAACCCGGUGGCCCUGGGCGGCCCCGAGACCCCAACACAUGCUUCUUCGAGGGGCAGCAGCGUCCCCAUGGGGCUCGCUGGACACCCAACUACGACCCGCUCUGCUCGCUCUGCACCUGCCAGAGACGCACAGUGAUUUGUGACCCCGUGGUGUGCCCUCCACCCAGCUGCUUGCACCCAGUGCAGGCGCCCGACCAGUGCUGCCCCGUGUGCCCCGAGAAACAAGAUGUCAGAGACCGACCAGGGCUACAGAAGAGCCGGGACCCUGGAGAGGGUUGCUAUUUUGAUGGUGACCGGAGCUGGCGGGCAGCGGGUACCCAGUGGCACCCUGUCGUGCCCCCCUUUGGCUUAAUUAAGUGCGCUGUCUGCACCUGCAAGGGGGGCACUGGAGAGGUGCACUGUGAGAAGGUGCAGUGUCCUCGGCUGGCCUGUGCCCAGCCUGUCCGCGUCAACCCCACAGACUGCUGCAAACAGUGUCCAGUGGGGUCAGGGGCCCGACCCCAGCUGGGGGACCCCAUGCAGGCUGAUGGGCCCCGAGGCUGCCGAUUUGCAGGGCAGUGGUUCCCAGAGAGCCAGAGCUGGCACCCUUCGGUGCCCCCCUUUGGGGAGAUGAGCUGUAUCACCUGCAGAUGUGGGCAGCCCCAGACAGGUCUGUUUCAGAGGUGGAGAAAGAAGGCAAAGGCUCCUAGGGAGCCGCCAGAAGGCCGCUGCCUGACCAAGAGGACGGGCCUGGACUGGGGGAAGGGGCGGUGCCGAGGACUCUGCAUUUGCCUUUGGCUUCUCUUCUCUGCUGCUCCUCCCUCCCCCACUACCUCUGGAAACCACAGCUCCACAAGGGGGAGGGGCAGUCCCAGCCCUGCCAGACCAAGGCCAUCUCCACUCCUGUCCUGCGGCCCCCCAGCCCAGCCCUCCCAGCCUCUGCCCUGGAAGCCCAGCCCCUUUUCCUUCUACAUAAUGUCACUGGCUUGUUUGGGAUUUUUAAUUUAUCCUCACUCAGCACCAAGGGUCCCCCCUCUCCCCCAACUCCACUCCUGCUGUCCCUGAGCUGAGCAGAGUCAUUAUUGGAGACUUUUGUAUUUAUUAAAAAAAAAUUUUUUUUCAGG